UCCGGCUUCAAGAUGGCGGCGGCUCGCUCCUUGGUGCAGUACGUGGUUCUGAGGGGCGACUUGUCACGCGAACCUUUCUCGUGGCCGUUGGGGGCCUCGGUGGCUCAGGCCUGCCACGCGGCCUUGGCCGUGGUCCAUGCACACUAUGAGCACCCAGACACCGCGGCUUAUCUAGCCCAGGAUGGAAGCAUGAGGACCGUGGUGCUGGAGGCUCCAGAUGAGUGUGCCUUGAGUACAUUAGCAGAGACGCUGCAACAGAACGGCAUUGAUCAUAAAGUCUGGAUAGAACAACCAGAAAACAUAGCUACUUGCAUUGCCCUCCGCCCCUACCUGAAGGAGCAUGUACACCAUCAUCUAAAGAAUUUCAGACUCUUGAAAUGAUCUUUUUCCUCUCUGGCCAUAAACAUGGUUGACCAGAGAAAACUAUUCACUUGGUUUUUGUGGUGAACAGGCUCCCUUUGGAAUAUAAUAGGAGCAUUGUAAGAUGCAAGAAUUUACUUCAAUCAAAAUAUUUCAUAAAGAUGCUUAAAGAAUAAUGGAUUCACAUCAUAUGGAGGCAAGAAAUCUCAUGUUCUGGCAUAAGACAACUUUUUCAGUUUAAGAGGAAACUUUGGGCACCCUAAUGUUAUUAAAGAGAGGAUUCAGGGUAUUAUCAUUGCUCCCACUACUUUGGGAUUUGGUUACUUAUUCUGACAGAUUUAUAUUAGGGAAAUAAUAUUCUGGGUAGCAAAAUAUUCUGGUUUCUUUUAUGUGCACAAAUAGCACUAUAGUAGUAGUACAUACAGUAGAUGCUGAAAUGUAUACAACAUUACAAAAACCCUGCUGCGCUUUUAGAAAGCUUUUGACAAAAUCUAACUAAAGGCAUAAUAUUUAUGAAUAAAGAAGAUGAAGCCUCAUGAAUAAAUAACUCUGUUAUGGGUGUAAGAAAAGAGUUUCAAUAAUCUGUUUUGAGACCUGCAUUUUUAAAUUUAUUCACAAAUGAUAUGGAGUUAGGGUUGAGCAGUGAUAACAUCAGGAGGGUAGAAAUGAAAAGGACUUUCAAAGAGCUCCAAAGAGACACCUCUAUUUUGGGUGAAUGUGUAACAGAAUGUUAAGUGUGGUUCAAUUUAGCAAGGUAUGAAGCAAUAAUAGGGAGAAGUGUGCUAUCCACUGAAGCUGAACAGUAGGAUAUCCAGGAUAGGCAGAAGGAAGUAUUGCUUUGCCUGAUACAUAGUAGAAGUAUGGAAUUCUCUUUCACAAACUGGUGAUGAUGGUCUUCAACUCUAAUUUUGAAAAAGAAUUAGACAAAUUCAGAGAGAAUCUAUGGCUAUGUUUGCAUGGUACGUUUGACCAUAAUUUAAUCAGUUAACUCAAUUUUGUGUAUUUGCACUGGACCAUAAAAUCAGAUGGGCUUCAUUCAACACACUAGGCUAAAAUGUGGUUGGGUACCAUUCAUUAUUCAGUCUGUUAUACAAAUGCAGCCAGUGGCCUCUGUUCAUAAUAGCUAUAUGCUGCUGCUAGGAUCAGUAGUGACACAACUUGUAAAUAUCAAAUGCUGGAAAGCAAUAGGAAGAAAAAUCUUAAGUCUUGCUUGUGGACAUAGUCUUCAUUUUGAUUGGCCAUUAUGGGAAGAGUGGUGGUGGAUUGGUAAAUUGGCAGUCUAAUCCAAAACUGCUCUUCUAGAUCAGACCAGGAGUCUGCUAAAUUAAUCUGGUGGUAACAGCUCUUUCUGAAUAAUAGGAAGGAUGACGGCUACCAUACUGAAUUGCUCCCUGUGAUAUGUAGGCUGCAUUUUCACAACUCACUGAGUCACAAAUUAGUGAAUUACAGUAUAUCAUAGCCUAAUGUAUUGGAAGCAGAAGCUUAGGUAUCUAGUCCUUUCUACUCUGAAGCAGAAAAAUAUCUUCUGCAAAAACUUUAAUGGCAUGUAAUUCAUUUAAGACUGCUGUUUUGAUUUUUUUUAAUACUCUAUAUCCCAAGUGAAUGCAUUGAAUAAUCCACUGUAAAAAUCCUAUAUUGAAAUCACAGUCUGUGUUGCAAUAUUUGAGAAUUACUCAUGCUGUCUUAUUAGCCUCUUACUAAAAAAGAUUAUGGCUUUAUAAUGGCUAUAGUUUGGGACUGUUUUCACAGUAUCUGGAUUGGCUAGUCAAAGGCUGAAAAGCAGUUAAUUAGGUAUGUGUGUAGUCUUGGACAAAUUAAACUAAUUGAAGUAAUAAAUGCUUUGUUUCCAGUCUCUCCUAUUUCUGGUAAAGGCAUAA